AUGGAAGACACGGAGCAGCGAUCUUCUCCCCUCGCUGGCCCUGGAACAACGCGAGCAAACCGACGACUGCAGCUCCGCAAGAAUGGCUUUCGAGGACGCCAACUGCCCAAUCGCAAUAUCACUCCCAAGCGCAAGACUAGCGAUGCUUGGUCCUCACCCGCUCCACAAGACGAUACACCCACUUCAGACCUGCCCCAACCAUCUGGAUUGAGUCUAAGAGGAAGGUCGUCGAGCAUAUUACAAGAAGUCAACAACUCCAGUCUACGACGGAAGGACAAGAGGGCCAACAAACACGACUCGGUCCUGUCCGUCUUUGCAGACGAGAAUGGGGACGACAAGGCCUGGAGCUUCGAGUCGUCGCCCGCAUGGUAA